GCGGCUUGGGGUGGCUUGGCGUAUGUCUAAACAACAACCGAUAGGGUAUCCUCUAUCCAGUGGGAAUAGGUAUAAGGGAAGGCGGGGCGAAACGGGGUACUUAAGCAGACCAUGAAAAUUUUUUUUUAUUUCAAAAUCCAGAGUGAAAUUUGAAGUCUUCGUCGAUCGUUUUCAAAUUUUUUAAACAAAAAAAUUACACAAUUUUUGGGGUACCCCAUUAUUCCCCGCUACCUCGUUUUGCCCCGCCUACCCCUAUGUCAAUGGUCGACUACUAUCCUUGUACUUUUGCAAGUUCACAGAACACGUUCGACCCUCAACGAAAUCGAUCAAAUUUAACGUGCCGCGAAAAGCCGCAGAGUACGGCAUCAGCGAGGGUAUAGCAAACAAGUCGUACCAUCAAAAUUUUUCUAAAAAUUGUUUCUACCAUGAAAACCACGGAUUGAUUCGGAAAAUGAUAUUUUUCAAUCAAAUGAAAUAGCAUUAAAAUUAUAAAGCGACUUCAAUUAAUAUACCCAUUGUCAAAUGGAUUAUAACGAUGCGCCAAGUACGAAUGAAAUAUUAAAACCUACAAUAAAUCAAUAUGGACGUCGGAUCUUUGAUCCCAGCGGGUCUUUUAUCGAAUCGAUUAGAUUUGACAACUGUACCCGCGGCAGGGUACAACAAAUUAUCAGAAAAUUUACGAAAAUUAACACCUCUCAGUAUGCAAUGUGCUAUUUUUUGUGGUGGCUCACGUUGCAAAUAUGAAAACCCAAAAGCAUGGCCCCCCGUUCACAUGGCGAUACAAGAUGUAUUUUCUCAUUGGGUUACGGAGGACGUUCUCGCGAUGGCACGACCCAGCACAGAGCAAAUAGAAAAAAGAAGGAUAGUCGCUCAGUUCCAGGCGUGGGGAAUCAAGACUAUCGUCAAUUUACAGACUCCUGGGGAACACGCGAGUUGCGGGGGUCCUUUGGAAGAUAGCGGUUUUGCUUACGAUCCCAAUGUCUUUAUGACACACGAGAAAAAAAACAAAAUCCGACCAAUAACCUUUCGUGGCAUAAGUCCUUCGGAAAUUUCUAAAACCCGAAGGACCUGGAGAGUGUGCGCCAGGGGACAGGCUGUUACGGAUUUAAAUUUGAAGUUCGAAGAAAACAUCAAUGUUACAGAGAUUAUAGUCCCUUUUGACGGUUGUCACGCGAUCAGUAUCACGGAUUACGGGGAUGCGACACUUGGAAAGCUCUUGGAUAUGGUGAAGGUCGUGGCGUUUGCUGUGCAAGAAGGUCGAGUUGCGAUUCAUUGCCACGCGGGCCUCGGUAGGACUGGUGUUUUAAUUGCCUGCUACUUGGUCUACAGCUUACGCGUGAGAGCUAACGAUGCUAUAAGAUUUGUGCGACUUAAACGGCCUAAUGCGAUUCAGACAAGUGGGCAGAUCCUCUGUGUACAGGAAUUUGAACACUACGUACUGCCCCAGAUGAUAGUGUUCGCCACAAGAGAAACCAUCACGGGUAAUCGGAUUUCUUCCAAGUCAUCGUGUGGCCUUCACUCCUACUUGAGGAAACAGCGAAACAUGCUCCACGGAUACGAACAACGCACAUUCAAACAGAUUCCAAAAAUCGUCUUCAUUAUUUGUGAAAGAAUACUUCAGCUCUGUGACUGUCAGGCAGACAAUUCUCCAUCGGAAAUUGAGUUCCUUGUAUCCAGCUCUCCAUUUGCACAGAAAUUUUUGUGCAACAGAAUAGAAAAGAAUCUGAAAGAUGGCGGAAGCAUGAAACAUUCUUAUUCGUGGGCUGAUUCAUUAGCCGACGCGACAUUCGAUGGCUCUGGCUCCUCGACGAUAUGCGGAGAUGAUUCGAAUCGAAAUACCUCCGAGGAUAUAUCGGCAAUGUCCUGCUCCUCACCGGAGGUUCCUUCCUGCGUGUCGGAAUACUCAGUACUGGACGAUAAUUUGAUCGACGACGUACUGGGCGACGGCAUCCACGACCAAGAUCUCUACGACAACGGUUGCUACAAAGAGUUACAAUCACAGAUAGACCUCAAAGCAGCCGUGCAAAGCCAAGUCCACGACUUUGUCGGAGCAGAUCAAGUUGCAAAAUCACUACUUUUCGACCACGAGCUUUUACCCGAAGCCAGACGAGCGAAAGUUCGUGAGUAUCAGAUCGAUUUGAAUAACAGACAAACUGCUUGGCAGCGGUUGGAGCUUGAGACGGAUCUCCACGUGCUAUCGGCUCUUCUAUACAAUUGGUUAGAGAACUUGAAGUAUCCAGUUCUCGGUACGGAUGAUUUGAGCAUGAUAGUAGUAUGGGGAAACAACAUUGAGAAGUGCUUUGAAAAAUUAGAAAUAUGCGAUUGUUACUUAAUCGAGUAUUUGUUGAGAUUUGUGUCAAGGUUAAGACCGCUUUCUAGGGACGGUCAAACCUUGUUGAUCAAGAGACUGAUGGCAGCCUUAACGCAACAAUCUAUCUGGAUUAAUCAGGGGCUACUGCCAUCAGGUAAAGAGUUUGGUAAAUUGCGAGGCGGAACCUGCACAAAGUUGGAGGAAUUCUUUUUUGGGCUCAUGAGUUUGAUUAUGGAAAUAAAUACCAUGGAAUUUGAUCAAUCGGUCUCCAAUUCAUUUCGAUGGCCAACAUCCAACUCUCCAUCACACGAUGAUGAUGACGACGAGGAUGUUGUACACUCUUCAUAAGCCCUACAAUCGAAAAGCGGUUGAAUUCGGCCAGUUCUCACAACUUCUGAUGGUUCAAAUUAUCGAUAAUCACGCUACCAUUCACAAUCAGUACAAAUUGGUCGUGUCGACAGACGUCUUAUUGAUACCAAUUUCGUGCAGCCGCAUUCGUCGACAUUGUAGAUCCAGUUUUGAAUUAAUUGUGAAUUUCGCGUUGCAAAAAAUUUUUUCCGUGCACUCUUACUCUCAGAAUAUAAUUGUUAUGUUUUGUUGAACACAAAACAUUAUUCAAAAUCUAUGUUUUCUGGAAAAUAAUAAGAUAAUUACGUGCGAAGUCUGUAAAGAGUUAUUUUUAUUGUUGGAUAAAAAAAUAAAGAACAGUAACAAGAA